AUGGUUUGCAUGGUAGGCUGUGUUACAGGUAUCGGAAUACCCAUCGUAACGACCUCUGUUGCUACUAUAACAAACGAUCUUGGGCAUUUCGACAAGGCGACAUGGAUCACUUCUGCCUAUCUCUUAGGAUAUAUCGGCGUUCUCAUUAUAUGGACAAAGCUUAGCGACAUCUUCGGUCGAAAAUCACAAUGCGUUCUAUCACUGUUAUUGUUCAUAGUCUUUUCCGCUGGUUGUGGAGCAGCUCUGACCACAGUACGUAGGAUCAUAUGUAGAGCAUUCCAAGGUAUAUGGGGAGGUGGUACCAUGACAGUCUUCUAUGCAAUGGCCUUUGAAUUAUUCCCCCGACAAGCAAUCAGUGAUUCUACUCACUGGAGGUGGAUCUUCAUCUUCAGUGUUCCUGUAGCAGUGCGGGCGGUCGUCAUUGUUCUGUUCUUUCUUCCCAGCAACUUCCCACUCCAUGGAAAGCAGAGCUAUGCGCAGAUCUCCUUCAAGAACCUGUUGGUGAAAGAGACCGUAGCUAGAGUCGACCUCAUCGGUGUCGUAGCUUUGUGGGCAGGAGUGAUUGCGCUGACGACCACAUUCGAAGAGGCUGGAAUAUCCCAUGGAUGGAGUUCCGCACUGGUGAUAGCUCUACUAGUCGUCGGCGGUCUUAUACUGAUAGGUUUCUUUAGAUGGGAGUACUAUGUCACGAAGAGGCUGGAUGCUACCGAGCCUGUGUUUCCCUGGUAUUUUGCGACAAACCGGAUCAUCAUGGGUUUGCUCCUUGCCGGAUUCUCUCAAGGCAUGCCAUGGAUCGCUGGCAUUAAAACGAUCCCUUUCUCUGCUACCGCUCCAGUAGGUUCGCUCGUCGCAGCUAUCAUCGCGAAAAAGGGCGUACCGCCAGUCUACAUCUUCCUCUUCGGUUCUGCUUUGCGCGUCUUGGGUCUCGUGCUCUUAGGUACUCUAUCAUUGUCGACACGGAUCUCUCAUGCACAGUCCGGCUAUCAAGUUCUCGUGGGUUUCGGCUCUGGCACCUGCAAUUCGUUGUUGACGUUGCUCGCACCAUCAUCAGUGAAGAAGUCACCUGACAAAUGCAACCGUGGCCAUUGGUGCUCUCAAUCUCUCAAUCAAUCCCGGUUCCUGGGGGGUGCAAUCGCCCUGGGCAUCAUCAACACUGCGAUGAGCGGUUUCAUUCAAGGAAGACCUCGACACACUCUCCCGGAUUGGGCCGUCGAAGAUCUGCUCAAGUCAGCCAAGACCUUGUCUAUCCUGGACGAACAGCGGAAGGGUGCGGGUGCCCAGAUACCCGCACAGGGAUACAACCUCCAGUUCGAGAUAAUCGAGACGCUCAUGAUGUGGCAGCCGCAGCAGCAGAUCAAAGCUGCAUGAGGUGUUUGUUUCGUAGCAAUUGAGGAGGUCGAUGCAAUCUACUUGAGAUCAGCAAACAGCAAGUAUAUCAUCGUCAUACAUCUCCAACAGC